AUGAUUAUUUACACCGAUAUUCUCAGCGGAGACGAAUUGUUGUCCGAUGCUUACGACGUCAAGUUGGUUGACGAUGUCGUAUAUGAAGCUGACUGUUCCAUGAUCAAAGUCGGUGGUGUUGAUGUUGAUAUUGGAGCCAAUGCAUCAGCUGAAGAAGCUGGUGAAGAUUUGGAAGACGGAGCUGAAGUUGUCAACAACGUUGUGUACUCCUUCAGAUUGCAACAAACCCAAUUUGACAAGAAGUCUUUCCUUACUUACAUCAAGGGUUACAUGAAGGCCAUCAAGGCCAAGUUAGCAGAAACCAAGCCUGAAGAAGUUGAAGUUUUUGAAAAGGGUGCUCAAGCCUAUGUCAAGAAGAUCAUUGGUUCCUUCAAGGACUGGGACUUUUACACCGGUGAAUCCAUGGACCCCGAUGGAAUGAUUGUCUUGUUGAACUACAGAGAAGAUGGUACCACUCCUUUUGUUGCUAUCUGGAAGCACGGUGUUUCUGCAGACAAGGUCUAG